AUGGAUAUGAAAGUUAAACUUUUUGGUGGUCUUGCAGCAGCAUUUGCAGCAACAGCUAUUUAUUCAUUUUUUAAAGAAAACAACAAAACACUUAACUAGAAGAUGUUUGAUUCAAUUCACAAACUUAAAAACUACAUCUAAAAUCAUUUUUAUGAAUGUACUAAAGAGAAUGUUAGAUUAUUCAUUAUCAUAGUUAUCUUAAAAAUUGGAAGAUAGAAAGGACUUCAUCAAUUUAUUAAAUGAAGUGGCCAGUAGUUUUUUUGAUAUAGACAGAGUCAAUGAUGAAAUCAGUCGACAUCCUUAUUUUAAAUAAUUUGCUGGAGUUAACUAAUAAGUACAUUUAUUCAAUUAAGAAUACACUUCAUUCUAUUUAAGAAAGUAAGAUUCACAAAUAUCAUUCUAGAAACUCUCUAGAUACUGUAUAUAAUAGUCUCAAUUUUAUUGUUAGCAAACAUAAAUUGCAUAAUCAAGAAUAACCAUAAUUAUCUGAGAAUACCUAGAAGUUUAUUAAUUUCUUUUAUCUUGUAUUUAUUAAUUUGAUUAAAUUAAUUGAAGAAACUCUUCUAGAUUUAGAAGAUAAACAUAUUUUAAUAUAAAUGAACUUUUUCUUAGCAGGAUUACUAGAUCAAAUAGAAUAAAUUUUAAGAUAAUUUCCAUUAUUGUCUAAUCUAUUUGGUAUUGCCCUUCUCGGAUAAUUAUAAAUAAAUGAUCCUUAAAUAGGAUUUGGACAUUAAUGUGAUGAUAAUUUCUUUAAUUCUAAAAUUGAAGACACCAAUUCUAAUCAAAAUUGUAAAUGCUUAAUCUUUGAUGCACUUAUUCGUUUCAUCUCAUUAAUUACUCCAACAUUAUAGAAAAAAUUUAUUACUAUUUUAGUUGAUUAUCAAAUAUUAUCUACCAAAGAUCAUUUAAUUAAAUUAGGAUAAAUUCUAUUGAAAAAUUAAUUUUUCUUAAACAGUCAAAUAAGUAAAGUAGAAAUGUAUUAUGCAAAUGAUGUAAGUGUGUUUAAUCAUUUGUUAAUAUAAGCAACAGCUUAUAAGGAAGUAAGAUAAGAAUUAAUUAAACCAGAUUUAUUAGAUUUUUAUUUUCUCUAUUUAGAGAGAGUCAUUGCUUAAAACAAUCCAAAAUUUGUAGCAAAAUUAUUGACUAGUAUGAUAGCAUCACAUGUUAUGAUUUAUCCACUAUUUGGUGAUGAGGAGAUUUUAUCAUAAAUGAUAAAUAAUGAGAAAUAAUAAACAUUAAUUAUUGUUCAUUUUUUAGGAAUGUUACUGAUAUUAGAAACUAAAGAUACAAUGGAUAUUAAAGAAAAUCCAAAUGUUUAGAUGUUGGAUUGGUUAGCAUAGAAUAUGGAUUUUAUGUUAGCAGUUGAAGUAUUAAGUUAUUUACAGAAAUAAUUUAUAUUGAAAAUAUUUAGAAACAAAGUAAGUGACAUUCCUUUAUUAAUGAAAUAAUAUUUGUAAUGUUUACGUGUGACUCAUAAUAGAAGAAUCUAAUAAAAAAGUUUAUAAAAGAGAUAAAUUGAUGUUAAUGCUAUACUUUAAUAAAUGAUUGGAUACUUAACAGCCGUAUAGAUUUCAGAAUUACCAUCAAAAGAAUCAUUAACAAAAAUAAUAAGUUUAAUUCCAUUUGUAGAUUAGAAUGAAUAAACUAAUAUAUUUUCUAAUAUAUUGCGUAUUGUUUUUGAUCUUCCAACAAUUAAUUUUCAUUUUUUGAAGUAUGUUUUAGAGAAAUGUGAGAAAAUAUCAAAAGAAUCCGUAAUGAGUUAUAAUGGUUAUUACUCCCAUAUUUUGACUGCAUAAACAGCUUCAUUUGAUUCAUAUAUGUUUUCAAUUCAAUUAUCAUUAUUAUUUGGAAGACCUGAAGCUUUAUUGGGAGAAAUCAGUGUUAGAAUGAAGAAUGAUUUUUAAAAUUUUGAAAAAUAUUAAGAUUUUUUAACAAGAGAUGUAUUAAAUAUAAAUGAUUAUAAAAAUAGAUAAUAUUACUAAUAGAUUUAUUAGAGAAUCCUUAUUAUUGCAUGAAUAUACUAAUGUAGACUGGAUCUGAAUUUCCAAAUAAAAAAGAGAUAAUGAUAUAAUUGUAUCAGUAUGCAGCAAUAUCACUAUUGAAAUUAAAUGAAUAGAUGACAUCACUUUAAUUGUUGGAGACUUUAUAAUUAUUUAUUUAUAUUUAAGAAUUACCAUAAUACAUAAAAGAUUUAUUAGAUGAAGGAUAGGAUGGUAAAAUUAAAUUAAAAAAUUAAUACUCAUAAAAUUGGCCAUACUUAAACUUAUAAAAAGAUAUGGAAUCAGUGAAAUACUUUUUAAGCAAGGCAUCUGAUCCUUUUGAUGAAGUAAUAAUAUUUUUUAAUUGAUAGUUAUUAUAUGCUCCAAACUCAUUUCCAUUUUUAUUUGAAAUUAGACAGCUUGUGUAUAGUUGUGAACCAUUUAUAAAAAUAAUUGAAUUUUCCUUACAAUCAAAAUUUAGAAUGAAAUUAUAUGUCUGGAUUGGCAAAUUGUUAUAUUAUGGAAAAUAAGUAUUAUUGAAAAAGGGAUCUGAGAAAAUGGAAUAAUUGUUUGCUAUGGAAGAAUGCAAGACCUUUAUUCAAGCUUUAUCAGAAUAAGAAGGAUGCAAUAAAUUAGUACAAUACCUUUAACAAUGAUAUAUCGUUAUUUUAAUUA